CGGUCGCCAAGCUGGGCGAACUUCACAGUUACCUACCGAAGCCCGCGUUUCGCUGCCGACAUCAAACACGAACACCCAGUUCAACUGAAGAUCACUCCACUCAUGACCCCCGAACCUCAGCAGCCCUCCGCGGGCCCGCCUCGCAAGGUUGAUGCCUUCACCGGGGACCUCGUUCAUCAUGACGCGUACCCCGAAAUCAACCCCGUCACCGUCUCCAAUUGCACGGGCAAAGCCGUCCUCAUCACGGGGGCGAGCAAAGGCCUGGGCAAGGCGAUCGCCAUCGGCUACGCCGAGGCCGGCGCGUCCAUGAUCGCCGUGGUCGCCCGUUCGGAUGUCUCUUCGACCGCCAGCGCCGUGCUCGAAGCGGCCAAGAACGCCGGACGACCCGAGCCGACCGUCCUCGCGCUCGAGAUGGACGUGAGCAGCACGCCCAGCGUGAAGGCCGUGGCGGAAAGGCUGGCGACCGAAUGGGGACGCUUGGAUAUUCUCAUCAACAACGCCGGCUACAUGACGCCUUUCAAGCCGCUGCUCGAGGCCGACGACGACGACUACAUGAAGACGUGGGACGUCAACUACUGGGGCACUUACCGCGUCACCAAGGCGUUCCUGCCCCUGAUGCUGAAGGGAGGAGACAAGACCAUCGUCAACAUGUCAUCAGUAGCGGCACACUUCAUGGGUCCAGGCGGGGGAGCCUACCAUGUUUCCAAAUUCGCGUUGAUACGGUUCACUGAGUUCGUCCAAGAUGAGUACGCUGAUCAGGGAGUCCUCGCGUUCUCCAUACACCCCGGUGGAGUUCCCACCGAGCUCUCCUCCAAACUCCCUGAGAGCCUACAAUUUCGGAUGAGGGAUACCCCAGAGCUCGCUGCGCAUUCAAUCACAUAUCUCACCAGCAAGAAGAGGGACUGGCUCGGCGGAAGGUGGAUAAGCUGUAUGUGGGACAUGCCGACAUUGGUAAGCAUGGAAAAGAAGAUUGUCGACGGGAAUCUUCUGAAGUUUGAGUGUUCGGGUCUAUGAGUAGCGUUUGGCCAGAAGCCCGAGUUGUGUUUGGUGCUUUCGGUCAGUUGAUUUUAGAAAUCCGUUGUCCUCGCACAAUUUAGCUAGCUUUAGAGCUGAGAAACAUUACGCACGUCAUUUCCGAGUGAACUGGCUCAACAUGUUUUUUGAAAAUACUAUCUUUCGCCUGGUGGUUGUUCAGCGGGCCCAGGUUAUCAAACAGCUCAGUAGUCUCUAGACUCCUUGCGAGAAGUCAGCUAUCAUAUCAGCAUCGAACGUGCAAUAAGAAUUUGCUCUCAGGGCGGAUCAGUUU